GUGCCUGGACUUCGACCAGUGUGGUUAUGCUGCCUGCGAUUAGUGCCUGCUACUUGACUGUGCUUCUUGGUGUGCCCGUGUUGUGCUACUGUACCUGUGCUGUGAUUCUCCGUGUAUCGUAUUUGUACCUGUGUGUGUGUUCGUGUGCUGCGCUUGUGCCUGUUCGUGAGUGUAGCCUCGUAGCCUGCUUCGGCUUCGACUUCGGCUAUGCCGAAGCGUGGUAGAAGGAGGAGUAGGAAGCCAGACUCGGUAGGAUCGAGCUCCGAUUCGGCCGAGUCCAAGCGCUCGAGGAGCGUGGUUUCUUCCUCUUCGGAGGAAUCUGACGAUACGAUGAGCGUGGACAGUACGGAGUCACGUUCAUCCACCAGCGUGCAGGAGGAUAACUCGGCACAAUUUGUCACCGUAAACCGGCGACAACGGAAGGCAGUCCCGACAACGAAGCCUUCCACAACACCAGCUACGCCCGCUGUUCCUGCAGGGCGUACAUCGGCUCCGGCUCCCGUAUCGGCGGCAAAAAUGCCUCCGAUCACGGUGAAGUCACUCCCAGUAGCUGUCCUGCGUCCGGAACUGCAGGCUCGUGGAAUCACACCAGAGUUCCGUAUCUCCGGCGUAGCACCGAGAUACAACCUUGCGAAGCGACUGCAGGACAUCAAGAACGCUCCAGACACACCAGCUACAACACCAACCACAACUCCAGCCACAACUUCAUCGGAAGACCUGUUCAGCCCGGAAGAGCUAUUCGCUAUAUUUAGCAGAAUGCUCCCGAAGAUCCGCCUUUGCCGCAACAAGGGAGAACAAAUCGCCGUUAUCGGAGAACUAUUGAUGCUCCUUCACUGACCGGGCGCUGCGAGUCAUCACAUGGAAUGCUCAGUCCGUUCGGACUAAGCAAAUUCCACUCGGUGACUUCCUCGUCCGGCACAACAUCGAUGCAGCGCUAAUAGUGGAAACAUAUCUCAAGCCUGAGAUGAGUUUCUUCUUAGGCAACUACACCAUCCAUCGUCUGGAUCGCACCACCUCCCGAGGCGGCGGUGUUGCCAUAGCGAUCCGACGUGGAAUCCGGCACACACUACUCCCACACUACAACACCACCACCAUAGAAGCAAUAGGCGUCCAGCUCCAUACCGACACCGGUCCACUGCAGCUUACGGCAGUCUACUGUCCGCCGCAGUGCACCCUGUCGCGGAGAGCUACGUUCCGACAAGAGCUACACAUCAUCACCAGCAAUCCGGCCCGUUCACUCAUUGGGGGUGAUCUCAACGCCAGGCACCAGUUGUGGGGCAACGUACGG